GCAGCGCUUCAACGGACGUCCGGUGACUUCGGUUUGACGCCACGCGCGCGGCAAAAACAAAAAUGACGUAUGCGCGGUAUUUCCCUAAAGUGUAGAUUUUAUUAUUAUUUUGUUUUGCACAGUUUAGUGACAGAAGCUGUAUAUUUCAAGAAAUACACGAGCAAGAAGUUAUUCUUUUAUCCAGCAACCGUUGCUUAUUCGCAUACUAAAGGGUAUUUUGGAAAUACAUGGCCAUGGAUUCUGCAGAGACGAGAUAUGCCCAUCUGCUGCAGCCGCUGCGGGACCUCACCAAGAACUGGGACAUUGACCUGGCCAGCCAGCUUGGAGAGUAUCUUGAGGAGCUCGACCAGAUGACCAUUUCAUUUGAUGGUGGGAAAACCAUGAUGAACUUUGCAGAGGCUGCACUUUUAAUCCAAGGAUCAACUUGCAUCUAUGGCAGAAAGGUGGAGCUCCUUCACACUCUGGUGUUUCAAACAUUGGACUACAUCUCUAACAAAAACAAGAAGUGUAACAAACAAGGUUCUUCAUCAGACGGUAACCAUGAAGAUGCUCCUUCAGGCAAUGAAGACGAUGAUUGUGAGUUUGAUGAGAUUGAGCAGGAUGAGAAUGUCAACUCUCAGAAUAUAACUAUGAAAGAUCCAACAGAGCCAGUGAAGAUUAUCCGUCUCCCUCCUGAAUCUCUCAUUCCUGUAGAAUCACUUGAGAAACAGAAAUACCCCCUUCUCAGUCUUAAAGGGGAGCUUCUUGGCAGCUGUAAGGAUUUUCGAAUGAAUAAUUUCACCAUGGACGAAUCAGGAUUGAUGCGUCUGGGCUCUUCCCACACUCACUUCCUCAAGGAGGUCGCAGAAAUCCAGCACAACUUCUCUGUACAUGCACCUGUGCCCUUAGACAAUGAAGGUGUAGCUCAGGUUAUUGGUGGUUAUGAUGAAGAAGAUGUUGGCGCAGAGGUUCUUCCUCCACUGGAAGAUCAUGGAAUGGAGGUGGAGUCUGAAGAGAGGGUGGAAAGGCAUCAGGCCCCCAGUGAGGGGAGGAUGUUAAGGCCGAGACCUGCAGUACAGCCAAUUCCAGAGGAACCCAAGCAGCCCAAGGAAAUUGUGGACCCUUGGAAAUGGCAUGACUCAUAUGCUGUGUUUGGGGAGGACAAACCCCUCAAAACAGGGAAGUGUUAUAAAGUGCCAGCAGGUCUUGAGGAGUCUGGAAAGAGGAAGAGGAAGGGUUCUUCAAAACUUCAGGACUUUGGGAGCUGGUACUCUAAAGCCUUUGAGACUACGGAUCGCAAGCUUAAGAAUGGACCUACUUAUCCUGACCUUAAUUACAUCUUUGUGAGUAACAUGGGUCAGCGUCUGAAAGUACAGAAGCAGAUACUCAGGAAAAGGGGUGUUUUUGUGUCCGAUGAGGAGUUAAAGAAAACUUACUUGGAACCAGAUAAUAUCGAGGACCGGGUUGAGGUUGUCCGGCAUCCAGACGAAGAGGGUGAGGACUUUUCAGAUGAGGAACAUGACAAUUUGGUUGAUGAUCUUGAACCUGCGGAGCACCUUGGUGAACAGGAGCAAAUUUUCCAUGACUUGCAUAUGAGUCGGAUGAGUUAUGAAGACCUGGUCAAGAAGAGUGUGGACCUGUUUCUGGUGAACUCUCAGAAGUACGCGCAGGAGACUGCGUUGUCUCGAAGAGUCAGAGAGUGGGAGGAUGGAAUCAACCCUCAUCUUGCUGCUCAGGAGACCCGUCCAGCUUUUGACAUCCAUGAGUAUGGAGACAGAAUUGUCCAAUCACUCUCUAGUGUGGGAGUGAAAAAAUCAUUUGCCUUUGUUGUCAAAGGCAAAGAGAACACAGAAGCCUGCAGAUACAUGCUGGCUGCGCUACAGCUGGCUAAUGAUUACACAGUGGAGAUUGACAAGAGUGAGGGGCUUGAAGACAGCGUAGAUACUAUGGAGCUCACGUUACUGACUACACAGAGGGCUCACGAACGUCUCAAAACCUACAAUGCACCCUCUGCUACAGAUAUUCUCUGACCUUUUGCUUUUGUUUAUUGCUUAUCAUUUCUUUACUUUGGCCCCAAACAGAAGCUAUUUAUCACUGACAGCGUCAAAGAGAUAAAAUCCACACAAAGACUUUGUAUGCUUUUCUUUUCUAGGUAUUUUUUGUUCGGCAAUUCCUGUAUUCUGAUAUCCAGCACAUCACUUAAUUUCGGUUUGGUCUUUAAAUAUGCUUGGAUGGAUGUGAGUCCUGAGAUGAAGACAUACCAGGUGUUUUCACAGGCAUUUUAAAGAAGCUAAUGUGUCACAUUUGGCUAAAAUUAUGAUAAAAGUCUGUAAAAUGGUUAAUGCAUUUUCUAUGCAUUCUCUGAGAUUUUAAUCUCUAAACUGCAUGUAUGUACAGUUUCUAAGCCAUUUUUAUAGAAUUAUAGAACACAAAAAUAAAAAAAAAUAGUGCUGCACUAUUUAAAAAGUCAUU